AUUGAUUUGCACCGUACUCUUGUCUUCGUUACCUUUGAAAAACCUUUGGAAUCACAGUUGGCAAUUGAGAAUGAAAAUGGUGUGACAUUUGCCGGUUCUAUUGUUACCCUUAGAAAAUUCGAAGAUUGGGACCCUAUGAUAUCUGGCGACCUCAUUCUUACCUAUCAUGUCCCUGAUGUGAUUAUUUCGGAUUCACAACCUGUAAAGAAGCCAGGCAAAAGUGCUAAUUCAUCGGAUACCGAAAAUUCUGAAGAGUCUCAGGAACGGCGAGCUAAAAAGCUAAAGAGCGAAGAUGUAACCCUGUAA